UUUUUGGAGAAUUUCGAUUGGUUUGAUUGAUUUUCCUUGACUCGUUUGGUUAGCUGAGAUGAAUCGGUUGCGAUGUGUUUUUUGGUUAAACUUUUAUGGAAUCACGAUAAAAUAUUCAAACUUUGGAGGAAGUGAUUAUAGGAUGUUUGAUUUAUCUUUUUGCUGUUUAUAGCUAAUAACUAUGUUGCAAUUUCAUGAUUGUUUAAUCAAUCAGUCCUUGCAUUGCCAAAUUAUAGGUUUUGAUGCCAAAGCAUUGUAAGAAAAUGUAAUUUUGUGAAAUAGGAGUUAAUUUUGGCAUAGAAAGAUUUUGGCUGAAAAGAUAUAUCAUAGAAUAGAAUGGUUUUAUUGCCAAUAUCAAGAUUGCUAUUAGUGGUUCCUCAGAGAAACCCCCCCCCCCCCCAAAAAAAAAAAAAAAAAAAAAAAAAAAAAAUAUACAAGUUGGUGUAUCAAAGUCAUUUUCACAAUUUGUGAAAUGAUGUGAUUUUUCUACGAAGUUAAAACGUAUGGAUAUGUCUAAUCUAUCCAUUUAAUUUUCUUUAUAAGUAUUGUUGGGCUUAGAAAUUAUGUAUCUUUAAACAUGGAAUCGUCGUGGGAAGUUGAUUGUUGCCCUGGUUUCGAAGUCAACUAGUCAAUGGUAGAAAGAGAGACCGAAGAUUGAACUUGUUUAGUUUUUCUGAUAAUGUUUUGGGGAAAUUGAAGUUUGAAUCAUUCAUUUGAAUGCUUAGAAAGCAUAAUGUACCUCCAAACUGGCCUUCCUAAUAUCUAGUGAUUCUGGUCUUGUACUUCAAAGAAGCUGAUGUAUUUCUUCAUGGGCGUUUAGUCCACUAUAGCAUAAAGUUCACAUGAAUUUUAACUCAGGUUUCAUAACCUACUAUGAGUUUGUUAUCUCUUGUUCAAUAAUCCAGAUAUCAGAAGAAAAAGAAUGUUCACGAAUUCCUGAUUCUGACAAUUUUCCUUUAGGGAUUGCAAAUUGUCUGGAUGUAUUGUCUCUUGUUUAGAUUCUAAUGCACUUUUCUUUUCAGGCUGCACCAGUUAAUAUUAUAGUAGGUUCCCAUGUUUGGGUUGAAGACCCAGUUGCAGCGUGGAUUGAUGGAGAAGUUUUCCGGAUCAGUGGCGAAGAAGUUCAUGUUCAUACAUCUAAUGGGAAGACGGUUGUCGCAAAUAUGGCAAAAGUUUUCCCAAAGGAUACUGAAGCUCCUCCAGGAGGUGUAGAUGACAUGACAAAGCUGUCAUAUUUGCAUGAACCCGGAGUUUUGCAUAAUUUGGCAACAAGAUAUGAACUUAAUGAAAUAUAUACAUACACCGGAAACAUACUGAUUGCAGUCAACCCAUUUCAAAGAUUACCUCAUCUGUAUGAUACUCAUAUGAUGGAACAGUAUAAAGGAGCUGCAUUUGGAGAAUUGAGCCCUCAUGUUUUUGCAGUUGCAGAUGUUGCGUACAGGGCAAUGAUUAAUGAGGGAAAGAGCAACUCCAUUCUGGUCAGUGGAGAAAGUGGUGCUGGUAAGACAGAGACAACAAAGAUGCUUAUGCGAUACCUUGCAUACCUUGGGGGUCGAUCUGGAGUAGAAGGACGUACAGUUGAACAACAAGUUCUAGAAUCCAAUCCAGUUCUUGAAGCAUUUGGCAAUGCUAAAACUGUCAGGAACAACAACUCUAGUCGUUUUGGUAAAUUUGUUGAGAUCCAAUUCGACAAGAAUGGGAGGAUAUCUGGGGCAGCUGUACGCACUUAUUUGCUCGAGAGAUCUCGUGUUUGCCAAAUUUCGGAUCCUGAAAGAAAUUAUCAUUGCUUUUACCUUCUUUGUGCUGCACCACAUGAGGACAGAGAGAAAUAUAAGUUGGGAAACCGUAAAGAAUUCCAUUAUUUAAAUCAAUCCAGCUGUUAUGAGCUGGAUGGGGUAGACGAUGCUCAUGAAUAUCUUGCAACAAGAAGGGCUAUGGAUAUAGUUGGAAUCAGUGAGCAAGAGCAGGAGGCAAUUUUUAGGGUUGUGGCUGCAAUUUUGCAUCUUGGAAAUGUUAAUUUUGCAAAAGGAGAGGAGAUUGACUCUUCUGUCAUUAAGGAUGAGAAGUCCAGAUUCCAUCUUAACAUGACAGCUGAACUGCUUAAGUGUGAUGUCAAGAGCUUGGAAGAUGCGCUGAUUAAGCGUGUAAUGGUAACACCUGAAGAGGUUAUCACAAGAACUCUCGAUCCUGUUGCUGCAGUGAUUAGCAGGGAUGCCUUGGCAAAAACUGUUUAUUCACGCCUGUUUGAUUGGCUCGUGGACAAAAUUAACAUUUCCAUUGGUCAAGAUCCAAACUCAAAAUCGUUAAUUGGUGUCCUUGAUAUUUAUGGGUUUGAGAGUUUUAAGUUCAAUAGUUUUGAGCAGUUCUGUAUCAAUUUUACAAAUGAGAAGCUGCAACAACAUUUCAAUCAGCACGUCUUUAAAAUGGAACAAGAAGAAUAUACGAAAGAAGAAAUUAAUUGGAGCUACAUAGAGUUCGUUGAUAACCAGGACGUGUUGGAUCUGAUUGAGAAGAAACCUGGUGGAAUUAUUGCACUUCUGGAUGAAGCCUGUAUGUUUCCAAAAUCCACACAUGAAACGUUUGCUCAGAAGUUGUACCAGACAUUCAAAAACAACAAGCGGUUUAUUAAACCUAAGCUCUCUCGUACAAGUUUUACUAUAUCUCACUAUGCUGGGGAGGUGACGUAUUUGGCUGAUCAGUUCCUUGAUAAAAACAAGGAUUAUGUGGUGGCAGAGCAUCAAGAUCUUUUGACUGCAUCAAAAUGUCCAUUUGUGGCAGGUCUAUUUCCACCACUUCCCGAAGAAUCAUCAAAGUCAUCCAAGUUUUCCUCCAUAGGGUCGCGUUUUAAGUUACAACUUCAAUCUUUGAUGGAGACCUUAAAUUCAACAGAACCUCACUACAUCAGAUGUGUGAAGCCAAAUAAUGUCCUGAAGCCCGCUAUUUUUGAAAACUUCAACAUAAUUCAACAAUUGCGCUGUGGUGGUGUUCUUGAGGCUAUCAGGAUCAGUUGUGCUGGAUAUCCCACUAGGCGAACAUUUUAUGAGUUUCUUCACCGCUUUGGGGUUCUUGCUCCAGAAGUUUUGGAGGGAAACUAUGAUGAUAAGACUGCAUGCGAAAAGAUUCUCGAUAAAAGGGGAUUGAAAGGUUAUCAGAUAGGCAAGACAAAAGUCUUCCUUCGAGCUGGCCAAAUGGCUGAGUUGGAUGCUAGAAGAGCAGAGGUGCUCGGAAAUGCGGCAAGAGUCAUACAAAGGCAAAUUCGAACCCAUAUCGCACGCAAGGAGUUCGUUGCAUUACGUGGAGCUGCUAUUCAAUUGCAAUCUUACCUGCGAGGUGUAUUUGCUCGCGAACUUUAUGAGCAAUUGCGACAAGAAGCAGCAGCUAUUCAGAUACAGAAGAAUUUCAGACGACACAUUAGCAGAAAAUCAUACUCCACGGUGCGCAUGUCUGCAAUCACAUUGCAGACUGGAUUAAGGGCAAUGACAGCUCGCAAUGAAUUCAGAUUCAGAAAACAAACAAAGGCUGCAAUCUUUAUUCAGGCUCGCGUGCGGUGGUUCAUAGCGUAUUCAUAUUACAAAAGUCUCCGAAAAUCUGCUAUUGUUACUCAGUGUGGUUGGAGGCAAAGAGUUGCUCGGAGAGAGCUUAGAAAGCUUAAAAUGGCUGCAAGAGAAACAGGGGCACUUAAAGAAGCGAAGGACAAACUUGAAAAGCGUGUGGAAGAGCUCACAUGGCGCUUGCAACUUGAGAAGCGAUUACGAACUGAUUUGGAAGAAGAAAAAGCCCAGGAAAUAGCCAAGGUACAAGAAGCUUUGCAUGCAAUGCAAGUACAAGUAGAAGAAGCAAAUGCUGCAGUUAUCAAGGAACGGGAAGCUGCUAGAAAAGCCAUUGAAGAAGCACCUCCUGUUAUUAAGGAGACUCCUGUGAUAGUUCAGGACACUGAAAAGAUUGAUUCAUUAACAGCUGAGGUGGCGAGUUUGAAGGCAUCGCUGCUGGCAGAAAGACAGGCAGCAGAAGAGGCCAGGAAGGCUAGGUCUGAUGCUGAGGUGAGAAAUACAGAACUCACCCAAAAACUUGAAGAUACAGAGAGGAAAGUAGAUCAGUUCCAAGAAUCCGUGCAAAGGCUAGAGGAGAAACUUUCCAACUCAGAGUCGGAGAACCAAGUACUUCGACAACAAGCAUUGACCAUGUCACCAACUGGAAAGGCUCUAUCUGGAAGACCAAAGACCGUGAUUAUUCAGAGGACACCAGAAAAUGGGAAUGUUCUCAAUGGUGAACCCAAGGUUGCAUCAGAUAUGGCUCUAACUGUUUCGAAUGCCCGCGAGCCUGAAUCAGAGGAAAAACCGCAGAAAUCUCUCAAUGAAAAGCAACAGGAGAACCAGGAACUCCUGAUCAAGUGUAUAUCGCAAGAUUUGGGAUUCUCUGGGGGAAGACCAGUCGCUGCCUGUGUCAUAUAUAAAUGUCUUCUUCACUGGAGAUCAUUUGAAGUUGAGAGGACUAGCAUAUUCGAUCGUAUUAUUCAAACAAUAGCUUCAGCCAUAGAGGUCCAGGAUAGCAAUGAUAGGUUAGCUUACUGGCUAUCAAAUACGUCAACUUUAUUGUUGUUGCUUCAACAUACACUAAAAGCAAGUGGAGCAGCUAGCUUGACACCACAGCGGCGAAGAACAGCAUCAGCAUCACUUUUUGGAAGGAUGUCCCAAGGCUUACGAGCUUCUCCCCAAAGUGCUGGACUUUCGUUCCUUAAUGGUCGAGGACUUGGUAGGCUGGAUGACUUACGGCAAGUUGAGGCCAAGUAUCCUGCGUUGCUGUUUAAGCAGCAGCUUACUGCCUUCCUUGAGAAGAUAUACGGGAUGAUAAGAGACAACUUAAAGAAAGAGAUCUCCCCGUUACUUGGGUUGUGCAUCCAGGCACCAAGGACAUCACGGGGAAGUUUAGUGAAAGGACGUUCUCAAGCUAAUGCUGUUGCUCAGCAAGCAUUAAUUGCUCACUGGCAAAGCAUUGUAAAAAGUUUGAACAACUAUCUGAAGAUGAUGAAAGCAAACUAUGUCCCAGCUUUCUUAGUCCGUAAAGUGUUCACUCAGAUAUUCUCAUUCAUCAAUGUUCAGUUAUUCAAUAGUCUUCUUUUGCGGCGCGAGUGUUGUUCAUUCAGUAAUGGGGAGUAUGUGAAAUCAGGUCUGGCGGAAUUAGAACAGUGGUGCUACCAUGCUACUGAAGAAUAUGCGGGCUCAGCUUGGGAUGAAUUAAAGCAUAUUAGACAGGCCGUUGGUUUCCUGGUUAUACAUCAAAAGCCUAAAAAGACCUUGAAUGAAAUAACAAAAGAACUUUGUCCGGUGCUGAGCAUCCAGCAGCUAUACAGGAUAAGUACAAUGUAUUGGGAUGACAAAUACGGCACACACAGCGUAUCUACAGACGUUAUUUCGAGCAUGAGAGUUAUGAUGACUGAGGACUCUAAUAAUGCUGUUAGCAGUUCUUUCCUGUUGGACGACGACUCAAGCAUACCAUUCACCGUGGAUGACAUCUCCAAGUCAAUGAAACAAGUAGAUAUAGCGGACAUUGAUCCUCCGCCAUUGAUCCGUGAAAACUCAGGGUUCGGCUUCCUACUUCCACGCCCUGAAUGAUGUGCACGGCCACAGUUUUCAUGGUUAAAUCCUUGUUUCUCGGUCGUCUGCAAGACACUUGGCACAUCAAUUAGUGUGCUGAAUCAUGUGCAUAGUCUCAUCGCUUUCACCAUCCAAUGUGUAUAGUACUUUUUCUUUUUUUUUUUUUUAAUCAACCCACUCAUCUUGGUUUGAUGAUGGCUGGGUUAUUUCAUUCUUUCCCUUGCGUCACGUCGACAAGAGGGGUAUUUGUUAAGAAGCCAUAUCACUUUUAACGUGAUAAUGUGCGUUGAUGUCCCAAGGUUUUUCACCCUUAGGUGGGGCUUAUUUUGUAUUGUUUGUUGGUUUUCAGAUCACAGUGGUUUUUGAGUGAAAAUGCAUAUUAUAGGUCAUUCCGGUUGUUAUGGAAGCAAUUUGUAAUUCAUAUGUAUUUUUUUAUUUAUUUUUUCAACUGUUAGAUGGAAGCUUGUCAGCAUAUCGUCACAUUAAUAUAAAGUUUUGUUCUCUGGUACU